AAUAGAGCUGAUCUAUUUGAAGUUCUGUUCGGUAUAAGCUAUUAUUUUUAAAUUUAUAAAAUUAGUUAAGUUUGUAUUUUUAUUUUUUAAUCAACGUAAUUUGUAAUAUGAAAUCCUAUUCACUUUUUGCUGUCCAUGACGACGACAUGGGUUUCAGUUCGCGUAUGGAUUGCUGCGGGCAAUUCGUCAAGUACAGUCUUUUCAUAUCGAAUUUCAUAAUAUUUAUUGGCGGCGCCACUGUUUUCACACUCACACUAUGGACCCUCGUCGAUCGUAGUUUCAUGAACGAAUUGUUGGGUACAAAUCUCUUCUCGGGUGCAGUUUACGUUUUAUUGGUUACUUCUGUAGCGAUUUGUUUACUCUCGUUUUUGGGUUGUGUGGGCGCGGGCAAAGAAGUGAAAUGUCUGCUGUUAACGUAUUUCAUAAUCGUUGCGCUGGUGUUUGUAACGAUGCUAAUCGGAGGCAUACUGGGUUAUGUCUUCAGAGAACGCGUACAGCAGACGAUGCGACAGGAAAUGCGCGCCACCAUGGCACUGUAUGGAAGCCGUCGCGAUGUCACCAUGGCUUGGGAUCAGACGCAAGAGCGCUUGCAAUGCUGCGGUGUGGAUACUUGGCACGAUUGGAAUCGUUAUGGACCCGUACCGGAGUCGUGUUGUCAGGAAUUAUUUGGUGGACAACGCAAAGACUGUAGCAUCUUUCCAACGAUAACCAAUCUCUAUAGUCAGGGUUGUUUAUAUGUAACGACAAACUUCAUACGCGAUCAUGCGGCGUUAAUUGGUGGCACGGCAAUAGCGGUGGCCAUAUUAAUGAUAUUUGGCAUGAUAUUCUCAUGUCUGCUAUUUAAUAUGAUUGAAUAGGGAAAGGCGUUGGGAAGGCGUGAAAAAAAUGAUGUAGAAGAGGACAGAAAUAAUAGCAAGCACAUAACUAAACUGAUUAGCAAUUUAAAGCGCUUACAUACACACACGCACAAAAACACUUCAACACAGACACAUACACCCAGCAGCGAAACUAAUCGAUGAGGCGUCACUGCAGAAUGCAUUGCAUUUGCUGUUGGACACGCAUGUCAAAAUUCAUACACAAAAUACAUACAUACAUACAUACACUUGUAC